AUGUCUGGAACGUCGCAGCCGAAGGAGGAGGAGAAAAUGUCGGCAACGUCGCAACCGAAGGAGAAGAAAAUGUCGGCAACGAGCGAACCGUUCCUGAUGGAUGACGACAGGACCUUGACCGAGGUGACAUUUGCCCGUGCCCACCGCAUCACCACGACCGUCACCCACUCCGACGUCGUUGUCGAAAGAUGGAUCGGCGAAACAGCCGGAGGCUGCAGCUACGGUGUUCGCUCCAACCCCAGCCACCGCCCCUUCGUCGGUCUGGAGGUCGUCUGCCAGCCGAACGGCAACAUCGUGCUCCUCCAGCUCUGCGUCAGCAACCGCUGCCUCAUCUACCAGCUGCUGCACCGCGACCACGACACCUGCCCGCUUUACGAGCUCUUUGUGUUCCUCAACAGCACCCGGUUCUGCUUCGUCGGGGCCGGCGUGGAGGUGGUGGCCUACGGGCUGCGGAGGGGACACGGCUUCUUUGUGAGGAAUAAGGUGGACCUCGGCGAGGCGGCGGCGAGGAGGCUGGGCCGGGAGGAUCUGCGGCGGGCGGGGCUGGAGCGGCUGGCAAGGGAGGUGAUGCGGGUGGAGAUGGACACGCCGGCGGAAGUGCGGAGAAGCGAGUGGUGGCGGCGAGACCUGAGCCAUGAGCAGAUCGCCUGCGCGUGCGCCCACGCCUUCGCCUCCUUCGAGCUCGGGAGGAUACUCGUAAAACAAAGUUAA